GCUCCCCGAGCGCAGCUCUAUGUGCGCCUCUUGUACGAAAGUUACCGUGUAUCAAACCACGGAGCGAUAAUGGCAAGGAGACGGACAUAUAACGCGUACAAGAAAUGACGUUUGGACUCAGCGUUGCUGGAUUGCAAGCUUAGCAAAAGUCCUUUGGAACGUUCGCGUACUCCGGAAAUGCCGCACUGCCGCCUCUGAUGUCAGCAUGAGAGCGCACACCCGCGGGGCCCCCACGGUCUUCUUCAUAAGUCUGCUGUGGCCCCUGGUGGCCCCCGUGGUGGGGGAGGCGGACCCCAGCGGAGGGAUCCCCUUCCUGGGGGGGAACUACGAUGGGCACCCCAUGCUGUACUUUGGCAAGGGGGAGGUGGAGGAGCUGCAGCAGGCGGCGGCGACCACUCACCGGGUGAUGGCGGCGCGGAUCCGCGAGGCGGGCGAGGCCAUGCUGGCGCAGCCCGAGGACUACCUGCCCCCCUGGAGCCCCGCCGAAUUCAGCGCGCGCUGGAACGAGGUGUACGGCAACAACCUGGGCGCCCUCUCCAUCUUCUGCCUGCUGUACCCGCACCGGGCCGGCGCCCUGGACCUGGCCAGAGACUACAUGGAGAGGAUGGCGGCUCAGCCUAGUUGGCUGGUGAAAGACGCCCCCUGGGACGAGGUACCGCUGGCUCACUCGCUGGUGGGUUUCGCCACAGCCUACGACUUCCUGUACGAGUACCUGAGCAAGCGGCAGCAGGAGCGCUUCCUGCAGGUGAUCGGCAAUGCCUCGCGGUACAUGUACGAGAAGUCCUACAGCCGCGGCUGGGGGUUCCAGUACCUGCACAACCACCAGCCCACCAACUGCGUGGCCCUUCUGACCGGCAGCCUCGUCCUCAUGAACCAGGGUUACCUACAGGAGGCCUACCUGUGGGCCAAGCAGGUACUGGCCAUCAUGGAGAAGUCCCUGGUUCUCCUGCAGGAUGUGACUGAUGGGUCCCUGUACGAGGGCGUGGCCUACGGAACCUACACCACCCGUUCGCUCUUCCAGUACAUGUUCCUGGUGCAGCGACACUUCGCCAUCAGCCACUUUGACCACCCCUGGCUCCACAAGCACUUUGCCUUCUUGUACAGGACGGUCCUGCCAGGGUUCCAGAGAAGUGUGGCCAUCGCCGACUCCAACUACAACUGGUUCUACGGCCCUGAGAGCCAGCUGGUGUUCCUGGACCGCUACGUCAUGCGCAACGGCAGCGGAAACUGGUUGGCUGACCUGAUCCGACAGAACCGGGUGGUGGACGGUCCCGGACAGGCUGGGAAGGGCCAGAGGUGGUGCACUCUGCACACAGAGUUCCUCUGGUACAAUCCAAACCUGACCUCCGUCCCCCCUCCGGAUUUCGGUACAUCCCGACUGCAUUAUUUCGAGGACUGGGGAGUGGUUACCUAUGGAAGCGCCUUACCGGCAGAGGUCAACAAGACUUUCCUCUCCUUCAAGUCAGGGAAGCUGGGAGGACGUGCAAUAUACGACAUUGUACACCAGAACAAAUACAGAGAAUGGAUCAAAGGGUGGCGCAAUUUCAAUGCUGGCCAUGAGCACCCGGAUCAGAACUCUUUUACCUUCGCACCCAACGGAGUGCCUUUCAUAACAGAGGCGCUCUACGGACCAAAGUACACGUUCCUCAACAACGUGGCCAUGUUCGCCCCGGCCAUCUCGGACAGCUGCUUUGCACCCUGGGAAGGUCAGGUGACUGAGGCCUGCAACUCCAAGUGGCUGAAGUACAAGCACGGGCUGGCCGCCGACGCCCAGGGCAGGGUGCUGGCCGCUUUGGAGAGGCAGGGCAUGGUGUUCAUCCGGGGAGAGGGGAAGGGGGCCUACAACCCCGACCUGAAGAUCCAGAGCUUCCAGAGGAACCUGCUUCUUCUAAAUCCUCAGCUGCUGCUGCUCGUGGACCAGGUCCACCUGGAGAAGGACAGCCCGGUGCAGGUCAUGAGCACCUUCUUCCACAACACCGACCUGCCCUUCGAGGAGACGCAGAUAGACGGCGUGCACGGCGCCUUCGUCAGGCACGGGGACGAUUCAUACAAAAUGUUCUGGAUGGACGAAACGGGCUACAGCGAGAAAGGGGUACUCGGGUACAAAAACUACCCUCGCGGUUACCCCUACAAUGGAUCAAAUUAUGUGAAUGUGACUUUCCCUCUGAGGCAACCGCAAACCAGAGGGGCGUACAUCUUUUUCGGCCCGGGGGUAGACGUGCAGAGCUUCAGUCUACGCGGGGACGCCCAGAGAGUGGACAUCUACCUGUCCACAAGGGAGCAUACCUAUACCAUCUACCUGCUCACGGGGGAGGUCACCAGCAAGCCCCUCUUCGCCAUGGUGCUCACCGACCGCAAGAAGGUGGUCUUCGAGAAGUCGGCGGGGGUGAGGGAGAGUCCUGUGGAAGAGGUGGAGGAGUAUGUCAACCUGGUGGAGGACAACCUGGGCCACGCCAAGCCCGUCUUCCAGCAGCUGGAGAGGCAGAUCCUGGCCCGGGUUCUGAACACCGACAGCUUCCGCAAGACGGCCGAGCGCCUGCUGCGCUUCUCCGACAAGAAGAAGACGGAGGAGGCCGUCGAGAAGAUGUUUGCCCUCUCCAAGAAGCAGGCCAAGAGCCGGGGCCUCAGGAAGGGGGCCUUGGGCGACAAGCUUUCAGACGCCCUGCCCGACAUCUUCGCUCAGAUCGAGGUGAGCGAGAAGAAGGAGAGGCAGAGGACCAUGAAGCGUGUGUACGAGGAGACUCCAGAGGAAGGGGGCGGGGACUCCAGGGCGUUUGUGGAUUACGGAGACCCCCGUAAAGGCAGGAAGGCCGGCUACGUGAAGGGGCGGAAGUACAAGGAGGUUCACAUGGUGGCCACGGCCAGGAGUGAUGACCUGUCCAGCUCUGCCUCCUACAUACGGCUCUUCCUCAUACUCAACAUUGCCACUUUCUUCGUGCUCCUGGCCUUGCUGUUGACGCGUUUUCAGAAAGCCCAGAGUCUGCACACCCAGCGGUGUUUCUACUGCAUCCUGCUCAUCGACAGCUUCAUCCUGCUCUGCCUGUACUCGUCCUGUUCGCGGGCGCAGUGCUGACAUCAUCGAUCGCCGCCGCGCUGAUGGAACGUCAGUUUACGAACCUGCUGAAGCGUUGCCGUUCGUGCUGGGGGAAAAUCUAUCGUAAGCCUCAGUUUGAGCCAAUCCAACUUAAUGGGUGACCAGGAAAAAGUUAAUUCCAAAUAGGAAUUGAUAGAAUACCGAGAUUAGCCAGACCACCGAUGAAAUCAUAAGCUUCUGUGGAGCUUUAGAAUUGAGUCUAUUUGAACCUUGUUAUGUGGUCGGACUUCCUGCCUCUUUUUGAAGAUCUCACAGGCUAGCCACUAAAAUGCAGAUAUGUCCUGAACAAUGCACAUUGGUAAUUACGAACAGUUUUUUAAAAUGUUGUUCAGAAAAUGCAAAAUGUACAUAUGUUAAAACAAGAUAUAUUUUUCAGGUGUUAUUUUAAUACUCUUUGUAAUUAAAGAAAUACAAGCAGAAAUUUAUUAUGUGCUUAUCAUUGUGUGAUUGCCUGGAGCAAGGUGGGUAAUUAACACAUCAGCUUCUAACCAAAGCAGAAGAGAGAGAUUACUGUACCAGCAAAUGGCAGCUUGCUUGGAGGUCUUUUGUGUACAGGCCAAAUGCUGACACAGCCACUGACAGCACAUUAUAAAACCUGGACCAUA